UUGUCACGUCUUUGUUCAGGAUGCUUCACAUUGACGCUUCCUCAUUUCCUCAGUUGUGACGCUCGCAUCGUUUUUCAGAAGAGAAACUUACCGUUCGCCAUGUUUUACAGCUGAGGGGGAAGGCUGUUUGUGAGGGAGACCCAUGGAUGAGGCCGGAGGGCAGAGAUGCACAUGGACAUGGCUGAGGUGAAAAAGAAAGAACAAAGGAAGACGGAGAAACUCAAGAUUCUGCAUCAAGUGAUGGACCCCAGCGCUGGACUGUCUUUCAUUCCCAUCAGUAUUUCACUUUUACAUCUCAGUAUCAGUGAUUUGCUUUUAUAUCUCAGAAUCAUUCUUCUAAUACAUUCUCAUGGAGCUCAGUCAGAGUUGAUUUGUUCACAUCAACCAAUUGUAGCCUUGGCUGGUGAUGAUGUCAUUCUGCCAUGUCGCCUUGAACCUGCCAUCAGUGCCAGGACAGUGGAGUGGACUAAACCUGGUUUGGACCCAAAAUACAUCCAUAUUCACGAAAAGGGACUGGAGCAUUGGAUUCAAAAUCCUUCUUAUAAUUUCCGAACACGAGUGUUUGUGGAUGAACUGGAACAAGGAAACGUCUCCAUGAAAAUCUUCAGUGUGAAACUGUCUGAUGAAGGAAAAUACAGAUGUUACAUUCACUCAGUUCAGGAAGAAGCUUUCAUCCAUCUCAGUGUUGGUUCAGUCUCGUCACCUGUCAUAAAGGUUACUGCAAAUACAAGUAGAACACUGGUGUUACAGUGUGAGUCUAAAGGCUGGCAUCCAGAGCCUGAGCUGUUGUGGCUGGACGGUGAGGGAAAGCUGCUCUCUGCUGGACGAACAAAGACAAUCAGAGGUCCUGAUGACCUCUAUACUGUCAGAGGCAGAGUGACUGUGGAGAAGAGACACAGCAACAACUUCACCUGUAGAGUCCAACAGAAGAUCAUCAACCAGAGCAGAGAGACACAGAUUCAUGUUCCAGGUGGUUUCAUCAAGGACCCAUCUGAAGAUUAUCUGGUGAUUAUUGGGAUUCUUAUGCUUGGGAUCCCUUCUAUUCUUUUGCUGGUUGUAUUUUUGCUGUGCCGUCUACAUUUCCGAACACGAGUGUUUGUGGAUGAACUGGAACAAGGAAACGUCUCCAUGAAAAUCUUCAGUGUGAAACUGUCUGAUGAAGGAAAAUACAGAUGUUACAUUCACUCAGUUCAGGAAGAAGCUUUCAUCCAUCUCAGUGUUGGUUCAGUCUCGUCACCUGUCAUAAAGGUUACUGCAAAUACAAGUAGAACACUAGUGUUACAGUGUGAGUCUAAAGGCUGGUAUCCAGAGCCUGAGCUGUUGUGGCUGGACGGUGAGGGAAAGCUGCUCUCUGCUGGACGAACAAAGACAGUCAGAGGUCCUGAUGACCUCUAUACUGUCAGAAGCAGAGUGACUGUGGAGAAGAGACACAGCAACAACUUCACCUGUAGAGUCCAACAGAAGAUCAUCAACCAGAGCCGAGAGACACAGAUUCAUGUUCCAGGUGGUUUCAUCAAGGACCCAUCUGAAGAUUAUCUUGUUACCAAGAGUUUCAACAGUAAAUCUGCUGCAGUCAUUCGUGUUAACACCACACGUACCCUGAGAGUGUCGGAUCGUCAGGACUGA